CAUCUGUCUGUCUUCUAAAUUCGCCCCAACUUUUUUUUUCCAUUCUUCGACGAAAUGAAUCUGGUGUUAUUUAUCUAAAUAAUUUUAUAAUCACAAUUCUAGUUACUAGUUAAUUUGCGAAAAUGUUAUAUCAAAGAGCACUGUGCACCUUAGCUAACACUAAAUAUACUCUACCAGUUAUUUCACAAUUCUCGCAAUUGCAUUCAAAUUCAUUGCGCAUCAAUGCUGGACAUCAAGCAAAUCAACUUGGAUGUAGUCCAUUGAAGUCACUUGUCGUUCCUGCUGCUGCCACAUAUGCCACCGAUGUGUACCAUGCCAAGGCCAAUAAUAAUGAUGUAGGAAUCCUCAAGAGGGUCCUCAAGAAAGUCGGAUUUGCUCACAACUCAAAAUCUCGCCUUCGAGUUUGUAGUCGCAUUUUGUACGAAAGUGUUGCUGACAAAAUCAAUUAUCUGAACUUCUUCGAGUACUUUAACCUACCGAACACUUUCAACUCCUGGUUCUUGGUCACAGAGCUGCAUGUGUGGAUGAUAUUAGUCCGUGCAAUGGCUGAGGGCUCAGAAGCUGGAGAAGAUGGUCGGUUUCUGAGGAAUUCAAUCGUCGAAGCAAUGUGGAGUGAUGUCAACACCAGAGCAAAGAAGCUUGGGGCUCAAAAUCCAUCUCGAACUAGAGCACAAAUCGAAACAAUGUCCGAACAAUUUCAAGCCGCCUUAAUUGGCUACGAUGAGGGCAUCAUGUGUGAUGAUCGUGUCCUGGCCGGAGCCAUUUGGAGGCGAUUCUUCGAAAUGAAAUGUGAUGAUUUUUGCAAAUUAGAGGCAUUAGUCAUUUAUGUGAGACAGCAAAUUCAUAUGUUGGAUCAUUUAUCGAGGGAAGAGUUUUUAGUUAAACCGAAAAUUCCUUGGUUGGAUUUGGAGAAGGAUACUUUGAAGAAGAAACCAACUUAAUUGCAUGUCAGUUGGUGGAUUAAAUGAGGAAGAAAGAGAGAGAUGAGAAGAGAUGUUUUUUGUUUUUAAGAUCACUUAUCAUUAAAUUUGUUGAAAAUGUUAAAAAGCUUCUUCUAAGGUGCAAUCUUGAUUGGAAGUUGAAAGUAGUAAAAAGUAUAAACGAAAAUGUUUUUCGAAGACAA